UGAUGAUGAUGAUGAGGAAGAUACUGAUAUGGAAAUAGCAACGCCACCACCCGUCGAAUCAAUUCUUUCUCAAGAAUCUCAACGCUUCAGAAAGGUUCCCCAUCAAAUUCCAUUAUUCCAAGACAACAGCAAUUAUUCUGCUAUGUCUCAAGAUUACCACCAAGCAGCUGGCAUCUUCAGAGCCAAAAGCCACCAAGAAGAGCAGCAGCAACACUCAGAACAGCAGAUCCGGAGAGAUAAACUAAGAGUUGAAGGCUUUGAGCCGCCAUCUCCACCAUUAGUAGGGAUCGAAGAGGAAGAAUCAAGUGCUCACCCGGUUUAUGAAACAUCAGGUAUGUUAUCAGAAAUGUUCAAUUUCCCUUCAGGUGCUGGAGCCGCCGCCUCCGCUGCAUCGACCCAGUUACUAGACCACCAUGUACAGCCAAUCCCAGGUAAUACCAACGACUGGUAUAGCAACAAGAAAGCUGUAGUUGGGGGUUUGGGCCCUGUGGGACAGUUAGAUGAAGCAAAGAGUACCAUUAACCGUGACAGUUUAGCUCAGCAGCAGCUACCAAGCAUUAAUGGCGACUCGGCAGCUGCCAUGCAUCUUUUCUUGAUGAAUCCGCAGCAAAGAUCACCAUCUCCUCCUCCCACUGCAGCAACUUCUUCUAAUACUCUUCACAUGUUGCUUCCAAAUCCACCUACUUCCCUUCAAGGGUUUAAUGUAUCAGGUCCUCAGUUUACUUGGGUUCCUGAUACUGCUCAUGGAGGAGGAAGCGACACUGAUUUCCAACUCAACAAUCUAAACGAAAUUGGAAUUGUUGUAGAAAGUCAAGGCCUUUCACUAUCUUUAUCAUCUUCCUUGCAACACUUGGAGGUUGCCAAGGCUGAAAGAUUGAGAAUGGGAGAUGGCGGUUUACUGUAUUAUAAUCAGCAGUACAUGAAUUUGGGCGGUCAUCAUCAUCAGGCAAUGCAUUUGCAAGGUGGAGCUGGACAAAACAAUGAGGUUCAUGUUGGGUUCGGAUCCUCAUUAGGGAUGGUCAAUGUAUUAAGAAAUUCAAAGUAUGUCAAAGCAGCUCAAGAAUUGUUGGAAGAAUUCUGCAGUGUUGGAAGAGGCCAGUUGAAGAAGAACAAGUCCGGUAGAAAUAACACAAACCCUAAUUCUAAUCCUGGUAGUAGCGGCGGUGGAGGUGGUUCUUCUUCAUUAACAAAGGAUCUCCCUCUUGUAUCAGCAGCUGAUAGAAUUGAACAUCAAAGAAGGAAGGUCAAGCUUUUAUCCAUGCUUGAAGAGGUGGAGAGGAGAUACAAUCAUUACAGUGAACAAAUGCAAAUGGUGGUGAACUCAUUUGAUCUGGUGAUGGGGUUUGGGGCAGCAGUGCCUUACACUGCCCUUGCACACAAGGCAAUGUCAAGGCACUUUAGGUGCUUGAAAGAUGCAAUAUCAGCACAAUUGAGACACAGUUGUGAGAUGGUUGGGGAGAAAGAUGGAGCAGGAAGCUCAGGCGUAAUAACCAAAGGAGAGACACCGAGGCUGAGGAUGUUGGACCAAAGCUUACGACAGCAAAGAUCGUUCCAUCAAAUGGGUAUGAUGGAACAUGAAGCUUGGAGACCCCAAAGGGGCCUGCCUGAACGUUCGGUCAACAUCUUAAGGGCCUGGCUUUUCGAGCAUUUUCUUCACCCGUACCCAAGCGAUGCAGAUAAGCACCUGUUGGCUCGACAGACUGGAUUAUCCAGAAAUCAGGUCUCGAAUUGGUUCAUAAAUGCCAGGGUUCGGUUGUGGAAACCCAUGGUGGAGGAGAUGUACCAACAAGAAACAAAACAGGGGGAAGAUGAUAAUAAUAACAACAGUAAUAGAGAAAGGAACCCAGACGAGAGCAACAAUGCACAAAUAUCGACGCUUUCAACCACACCAGCAGGCAUAAGAUCCCAAAUCGAUGCCACUAAAAGCGACCCUUCAUUCCAAAACUUCUCGGAAAACCAAGCCAACCCCACCACCACCACUGCUUCCGACGUGGCGCCACCCAUUUCCCAGCCUUUCACCACCGGUGGUAACACUGACAUUGGUUAUACUCUCAUAAGGUUGGGGACCGCGGCUGGUGAUGUAUCACUCUCUCUAGGGCUACGCCAUGCUCCCCAUAAUACUUCUUUUUCUUCAUUAAGAGACUUGGGAGGCUGUUAGUUAAUCCCCAAUUACACAUUUCAAUUUCAUUUUAUUCUCUUAACAUAUAAAACAAUAAUCCCACUUUGAUUCAUUUGUUUCAGUCUAUUUUUCUUCAGUUUUAUUAAGAAAAAGAUAAAUGCACGAUGAUUAACCGUGGCAUUAUUUUCGCUACUCGUAUCUUGUUUUAUUAUUGUAAUUGCAUAGUAGAUUGUUUGAUUUCUA